AGAGACAGACAAACAGAUUCAGAAAGGAGAAAGUGCACAGAGACAGAGACAGAGACAGAGAGAGGGAGAGGGAGAGGCUUCUGUGUGGACCGGCUGAAGACGAACGCUCAUCCAGCUGCCUCGCUCGAGGUCGCCCUCAGUCACUCAGCCGCGUGCGAGUUUCGGGGGCAGAAUGGAUUUCAUUUUGCUCCGGCAGCCUCAGAGCAGGAGCAGCUUCAUACGUGAUUGUCACUCCCUUUGGAUUAUUUCAGAAAACGUCACUGUGAUGAAAGGCAAGGACAACGAGCAGAAAGGAAGAUGAACCUUAACUCUCUGGAGGGCUCGAUCCAGAACCUUCUGUCAGUGCUGUACCCGCCUUUCGAGGCCACCGCCCCGACUCUCCUCAGCCAGCUCUUCCAGAUCAUCGACAGUCGCUAUCAGGGAGAUGCCCUGCGGUGCUUGCUGGACUUUUUGGUCCCGGCGAAGCACAUCCUAGACACCGUGCAGCAGGCUGCAUGCGCCCAGUACUCGGAUGUACUUUUCCUGUGCGAGGGCUGGCCUCUGUGUUUACGUGACCAAGUUGUCAUCCACCUAGCUCCCAUCAACCCACUGCUGCUCCACCCCGGUGACUUUUAUCUCCAAGUGGUGCCGUUCUGUCAGCAGUCCGCUCGCAUCGUGGUCUGCAGCCUCUUGGAGGAGGAGGGCUUUAGAGCGGAAGCGGUCGAGGAAACCCCGAUCCCUGAAACGUCCUACCCUUGUAUAUUCAGCUGUGACUGGCUGGACGAGCUCAACCGCGGACGCCAUGGGACGCCUCUCAGCCGAUGCCUGCUCGCCACUGAGCGAGGCGUGGUGAGGUUACCAUGGGAACGGGUGGCCGUGCCUGAUUUCGUGGACGUGGAAGGGAGUGCUGGGAGGAGCAUGGCCUCAGCUCCUCCGUCGUAUCCUCCUCUAUCACCUCAGCUUCCUUCUCCUCCGCCUCUACCUGAUUUUCCACAGAAUUCCUCACCUAAUAAAUCCUUUCCUCUCUCUCACUCAAAGGAAUCUGCGCAAAAACAGUAUCCAGUUACUGUUUUGUCAUCUUCCUCACGUCCAUCUGCCUUCUCUGUGGAGACCAGAAUAUGUCAAGCCAAGCACGGCAUUGCUGUAUCACUUUGCUUGGUGGAUACUAGCGUUGCCUCUUCGUCCAGGCUAGUCAAAGUCAAGGAGACGGAAGCAGAGGCGAAGCCUAUCGGCUGGGUGUCCCCUAACACGUGGGACAGCCGCUUUACUGGGACAAACCCCAACGCAAAAACUGCUUCAGAUACAUGCACCUCUGCAAGUGAUGAUAUAUGCAAACUUAACGCUAAGGGCGUGAUUGUUUCUGAGGAUAAACAGCAAGAUAAACUCAGAGAUACAAAGCUGCAAGAGACGAGCAAGAGUGGGCCACGCGUCGUUGCAGAGGGGGAAUAUAUUGACGUACUUCAGGCCGCUAUGCUUUUUGGUAGAGCUCGGUCACUUGCAGAGGACCAACAGAAGUCAGAAGUGCAAAGCCAGCCAAGCUCACACGUUGAAGCACAAAUGCAAAGAUAUCCACAGAGACAAGCACAAAUGCAGCCGCACUCUCAAAUGGAGCCACACAGGCCGGCACAAAGACAUCACGCACAAGCGCACACGGGGUUACCUACAAAUCCACCAACGCAAAGCCACUCUAGGUCUGUGGCUGCAGCAGAAACUCAUCCACCCUCUCACCACCAUUCCCAACCAAACCACCCUCACCCUAGCUGCCCGGAAGCCCCUCAGUGUAUCCGCACCGUGCGAUUCUCAGAGAAACCAUGCACCCCGUGCAUGAAGAGGAGACAGGGCGGUAAGGUCACCAGAGCUCAAGAGCUGAGAUGUCGAUACAGGGACUCCUAUCAGGCUGCGAUACAAAACCCUGUCAUCUUUGGACCGGAGAAGGAGAGGGGGAACAUGUUAGCUGUGGUGGAGGAGGACGGCGAUUUCACUCAGUGCGAUGAAGCACAGGGGCCACCAGACACUGAAACAGGGGAUCCGUGGUGUAGUGUUCAAGACAUGUGGUGCGAUCCGAGGGUCCAAAACCAAGCUCGUACCUCUGUCAGCGAACUCAUCUGUGAGGAAUCAGGAGAAAAGAACACUGUUCCAUAUUGGAAACCAGGAGAUACAAACACCGCCCCCUGUAUGGAUUACAGGGGGACGAAUGCUUCACCAUUUGUUAGCCCACUAGAGCGGACGAAUGAAAGGACCACUGCACCGUUUAGAGAGCCACAGGAUGCACAGUCUUCCAAAUCUCAUGCCCAUUUGCAUAAUGUCAAUGGAACAAAUUCAGCAGCAGAGCCAAGGAUGAACACUUCUAAAGCACCGUCAAGCUUAAAUGGUCCUAAUCCGUCAGAUGAACAGGUUGCAACCCUACCCUUUAGUUCAGGUGAAAUUUCCGGCAUGCACAUGACUCUCAAGCCCAGAGAACGGCUCCAACAAAGAAACUCUUACGAAGGGACGUCUCAGAAGUCUCAUUCAACACCACAAAACAGACGAGAAUGUGUGACAGACGGAAGGUGCUCGUCCCUCUCCACAGCAGUGGUGGACACCUCAGAGAAGUGUGCGCUGGUUAUCGUCGAGGGUCAGAAUGUCAGGAGAAGAGAAAAUACUGACUCCUGUGCAGAGAUUCCCCAGCUACACGUGGUUAAAUGUAAAAAUAGCACAGCCUUUGGACUGGUUUCACCUAAAACCAACAGGAGGAAGUUGGCUGUUUCAGAUGGCGCUUCUAUGACCGGUAGAAAUUGCCAUCAGACUGAGAAGAAGUCACAGACAGAUCAGCGUGCAGCGGCAGAUACACACAAGGUUUCCCAGAAUGCUUCUGCUCGCCCCCGACCCGACCACCUCCCACUGGGAUCCCCAGACCCCAAAGCCCACCCCAUCUACCUGGAAUUAGCGUCUCUCGCAGGCAGCAGAGACAGGACCGGCAGGGCAAUAGUAGAACUGUAUGGAGACGACCAGGGAUGGAGACCAACCAUCACAAGCCAUGAGCUCUUCCAGAUGUUCCUCUACUUCCACUCCAUAAUCAGAAAAGAAAUCAGAGAAGCUGGGAUGACACUUAUUUUUGAUGCUCGGAAGGUGAUUCCUCAACCACAGCUCUAUAAGGCUCUGAUGAGUCUUAAGGAGCGGUAUCCUCAGGCAGUGAACAGUUUGGUUUUACUGGUGGACAAAGAGAACAGCCUCCGCCCAGAAAGGUGUCCUGGGAUACAGACCGACGUGAUAACGUCGAUGAAGGCUUUGAUGAAGCUGGCGGAGAUGAGUCAGCUGAGCUCCCGUCUGGGUGGAUCACGCUCUCACAGCCGCUGUGAUUGGAUGGAGCUGCAUCAGAAACUCUUCCCGUUUGUCUGUGAUCUUCACGAGGCCUCCGGCCUCCUGCUGAGAGCCAUCAGCAUGUUGGAGGAGCCCCAGAGGACAGAUACCAUACAGAGUGUGCAGCAGUGCAUGAUGGACCAGAGGACUCUGAUGAGAGACGUCCUGGAGGACAGCCGAUUGGUUAGCCUGCAGAGGGAGGGCGGAGCCAUCCUGGCCAGGCUGAGGAAGGAGAGCGACCUCAAGUACCCCCACUGUGAGGACCUCAGCGAUGCUGUCGACUCUGUGACCAGUCUGUACAACCACGUAGAAGAGCAGGCCCACGUCCUCGUGCAGAGGUCCAACAUGUCUCUGGAGCACCUGGAGUACCUGCUGCAGAUCAGAGAGAUGGAGGGACACUUCACACAGAUCCAGCAGUGGUUCAAUGAAGAGGGCGAACGACAGUUGCUAGAGACCGAAUCAGUCGAGGACUCUGGAGACAGAAUGGAGCAGAUCCUCAACAGCUUCACUGGUUUCCUGAUUGAAGCUAAUGACCGAAGGCACCACGCCAUGUCAUUAGUGUCGGAGGCAGAGCGUCUCCAGCAGAGCGGGUUCUCCUACCCAGAGACAGAGGCGUUCGGGGCUCUGAUCUGCAGCUUCAAGUCGGGCCUGGAGGACUUCCUGUGCAGGGCGGAGGCAUGUGGCAGAGAGCUGCAGAUCAUGGUCAACGUGUGUGACUUUUGUGAGCAGGCUUCAGCUCUGGCCAGUGAAUGCAUCUACUACCUGGACCAGAGUCAAUCUGGAAUCCGCACAACGCGAGGCCAUGAAGGUGCCUCACAGGUCAAUCCAACUCAGUCAGUACAAGACUCCAGCCUGGACUCCACAUCCUUAUGUCGGGCUGAGAUCCACGCAGCACACGACUCCUCUGGUGGUUCACUCACCUCACGCGCUGACGGCUCCAUCCUCCGGACUUUUGAAGACAGGUUCCAGGAUUUCAACCCGGAGAAAUUCCAGGAGGUGAAGGCUCAGGCCAGUUCCCUGCGGGGCUCCCGGGGGAUGCGAGUGUGGAACGUGGCCUGGCUGAGAUGUCAGGAAGCCCGGCAGCAGCUUCAGGAGAGGAUGCAGGAUGUGGCCGAGGUUUACCGCCACCAACCGGAGCCUAGCAGCUGGUGUGAAGGUCAUUUCGUGGAUGUGGUGAGCACCAACGUCCAGACUUCGUCGCCCGGCCGCCAGAAUCUGGUUGUGCAAUCGACCCCCGGGCCCCGGCACCCGCAGUGGGAGGGUAUCGUAUCGGGAGCGGUGGAUUUAGAGAAGAGGAGGCCGAUGCUGGGCAGCAACAGCCCCAUAUCCACAACCGUGGCCUGCUGCAACAUCAUCAUCAAGCCAGAGGAGCACAGUGACGCUGGGACGAGUCAGGCGUCAGAGGCCGUUCAAGAAUCACUAAACAGGUCUGCAAAGAGGACCCAAAGAGAGACGAGGAGGAGGCAGGCGAGCAGAGCGAGGAGCGAGAGGGAUGCCGCCGCUCUGUCGCAGGCCCACACCGUCGGCUGCCAGUGGUUUCCGUGGGGACGAGGUCUCGGUGCGAGGUCGGUCAGUCAGGACUCCUGCGCCACGGGGGCCGCAGCGCCCGGGCCGUCCACCCCCCCGGAGCAGCAGGCUCGGCCCACGUCGUCCUGCUCCCACCACGGCCAGCCGUCGUGCCGGAUCCUCCAGGAGGCUCAGAAGUUUCAGAUCUCCCGUCACGGGAGCUUUUGCUCGGACGACUCCUGCAUGAGCGAGCAGGGGGCCGCGGGGGGUAAUGGGACUGUGCCCUGCAAACACUCCAGCCUGCCCACUGGCAGAUAUGAGGGGAGCUUUUGUUUGGCAAGUCCACAGGAGAGUGCCAGCAAUGCCCUGAGGCUGCAGCGUGUGAUGGAGGAGCUGGUGUUCACAGAGAAGGAGUACGUCCGCUCACUGGGCUACAUCCUCACCCACUACCUCCCCCUGAUGGACAGACUAGACAUCCCCCAGGACCUCAGGGGCAAGCGAGGCGUCAUCUUCGGCAACCUGGAGAAGCUGUACGACUUCCACAGCCACUAUUUCCUGCCGGAGCUGGAGGCGUGCCAGAGGGAGCCCGCCAUGGUCGCGCGCUGCUUCCUGAGACACAGUGAGAGUUUUGGCCUGUACGCGUUGUACAGUAAGAAUAAACCUCAGUCGGAUGCUCUGAUCCUUCACCGCCGCCAUGACAUCUUCAAGAAGAAGCAGCAGGAGCUCGGGGACAUGAUGGACCUUUCGUCCUACCUGCUGAGGCCCAUCCAGAGGAUCAGCAAGUACAGCCUCCUCCUGCAGGACAUGUUGGCCUUGGCCGGCUCGUACAGGCCAAAGGAGGUGACCCAGGACCCGCUGUACACGUCCAGUGGAGAGAGCUCGUCCGUGUGCGUGCCCGAUCUGACGAGCAGCGAGCGGGAGCGCGAGAGGGCUGAGAUCCAGGCUGCUGCAGACCUGGUUCGGUUUCAGAUGCGUCACGGCAACGAUCUACUCACCAUGGACGCCAUCCAGGACUGUGAUGUGAACCUGAAAGAACAGGGUCAGCUCAUUCGCCAGGAUGAAUUCACAGUUUUCUUUAGGAAGAAGAAAUGUGUGCGCCGCAUCUUCCUGUUUGAAGAUCUGAUUCUCUUCAGCAAGGCCAAGAGGACUUCGGUCGGAAAUGACGUUUACGUCUACAAGCAGUCCUUCAAGACGAGCGACAUCGGGAUGACCCAUAACUCUCCAGCUGGUGGUCUGUGCUUUGAGAUCUGGUUCCGCCGGAGGAAAAGCGAGGACACCUACACGCUGAGAGCUUCCAGCAUGGAAGUGAAGAAAGCCUGGACCACGGACCUGGAGAGGAUACUGUGGGAUCAGGCUGCUCACAGCCGAGAGCUGCGUCUGCAGGAGAGAGUGUUCAUGGGAAUGGGACGCAAACCUUUCAUGGAUAUUCAGCCCAGCGACGCCGCGAUUUGUGACCGAGCCGUCAGCUGUACCCUGCCCGGGAGAAUCCCUGUGGCGUGUUGUUCACACAGGGGCUUAGAAUAUCCCCGACCUCACUCCAUCGGCUCCGGCAGCACCGCCUCCACCACCCUCAGCCAAUCAUCUUCCUCGUCCGGCCGCGGCUCGCUGCCCCCUGCUGGCUACCCUGGGAACCAGUCUCAGGGGGCCGACUCCAAUCCAGCCGCCUGCUCCUCCCUGGAGGCUGCGGCCGACAAUGAACUCAACGAUCACCAUCUUCAUCGGCAUCAUCCUCAUCGACACUGGGAACAGUGGAAAACCCACCGUCCACUGCUGGACACCUCCGAGUCAUCCGGGGACUGUGUGAAUCUGUUCAGCAGCUCUGAACGCAGCCGCCUGUCCGCCGUUAGCGGAGAGGUGGUGGACGACUCCUCAUUUGAAACGCAGACUUUGGCGCCAAUCUGCCGGACCCCCAGCCUGAGGAGAAACAGCUCACCUGCAGUCAGCAGCAAGAAGCCAGGGGUCGCCCCCAAACCUCCACAUCUGGCUAAGUCUCAGAACGAUGACAUAAUAAUCGGGAAAUCAACUGAAGUUUAACCCGGCUAAUCAGCAGAAGAUUACGAUGAAGCUUCUCUGUCCUGCUCCUGUCUCCCUGCAGAUGGACGCCGUUCAGUCGUAGUAACAUGACUAAUCACAGCUCAGUCAAUCGAAUGUGGUUAAACCACCACGCGACUGACCAACACGAUUGUGUCUUUGUGUCUACAAUGAGUUUCUUUUUUUCUAGUGGAAUCACCUUCACCUGUGUUUUUAGUUUUAAUGGCAGUCAUUCUGUAAAUGAACCACGUGUGGAGUCGUCUCUCCUUUGUUUUGUAACAUAUUUCGUGUUAUUACAGUUAUUUACAAGCAGGGAUCAAAUAUGGGAAUAUUUAAUUUUUUUUAUCGUCAAUAGCUGCGCACGCACAGGAGCAGCGUUGGCCUCUGGGUUAGACCACUCCAGCCAUUUAAGCUCCUUUUCAUUUGCUGGCAGGCAAAAAGCGCAUCUUAUGAAGCAACUGCAUCUCUUCACUCUGCUGUCAGAACUGAACUACACUGUUUUGGCUACAAAACUGACAGCAGAAAACGAACGCGGCCCAGGAUACAGUUCUAGCAAAGAGCUAUCUGCUGGCCACGAGCCCAGGACGAGCUGAAGACUGGAAGCCUUCACGGUGAUGGCCAUAAAUGGAGACACGUGUGGACACUGUACAGAAAAGGAAAAUUAUUUGGGCCUCCAGUGUUUGAUACGUCUUCUUUUUUUGUGUUUUUUGUCGUUUUUUUUUUUACUAAUAUUGACGUUUUAUGCGAUUUAUCUGAAGGGACAGGCCACUUCACUUUAAUGCAGAGGAGAGAUCCUAGUCUGUCGACAUGAUCAUAACACACGGCUACAAGUCUGCAGGAAAAACCACUUACUCUUAUUUAGGGUCCACUAAUGGUUCCAUACAGAUCAUCACACCAGCUUCACCUUUACGAAAGAGACCAUCACUUCUUUUUUUGUUUGUUUGUUUUGGAAGUUACUGAUGAAAAGUGUCGUGAUUUUUGUAAUUUUAUUUUAUUGUAUGUGCACGAAAUACAAAUCAUCGCAACAUUUUUUUUGUUUUUCUUAACCCUUUGUUUGUUGCUCCCUUUGUUUCUUAAUUUUUAUUUUAUUUAUUGUUUUUUUUUGUCUUCUUUAUGUCACAGUUGCAUAAUUUCCUUCAUCACAUGAACUGUGGCACCAAAUUCAAGUAGUGUCUACAGCAUAUUUACAGCUUCUUCCUUGUUUUUUUGCAGUAAUAUGACAGUGUGGCACCAAACCACGAUGAUGCUCCUUAUUCCAGAGACACAAUAAUUCCUCACUAGGUCAUCUGCAGACACUUAAAAUAUAAUUGUCUUAAGCUUACUUACAACUUUGCUUCGUGUGCUCUGUUGCAAACUCCACCUUUUUACUCAGUCUUUUUUCAUUCAGCAUAUUUUGAAGUUGUUGUUUUUAUUUAUCUGCGAACCAAACAGAAUAAAAUGCACAGUCAGUUUGCAGUUUCAGGAUGCUAACACCAACUUCUUCCAGAAAACAUACAGUAAACCGAAACAUUGUCAUGAUGCUGACCUAUUUUCUUGCCUUUAAGUUUAAAUGAAUUGUUCCUGUUUUUGCAUCCUAAAAUGUAAUUUAUCACUUCAUUCAUGUUGAAUCAUACAGUAAUAUAUGCAAUAAAUAAUUUAUG